AGAAAGGGUGUGUGUCGGUUCACGUUUUGGUGACAGAGGCUAAGACACAUUUCAUUAUUAGCUUCAUUUCAAGAUUUAAAUUCUCAUUAGAAUGGAUAAAUCUUCUGACUUGACUUUCUGUGUAGACUGUGUGAUUUUGGAUGUCGAAGGAACCACAACUUCCAUCAAAUUUGUUAAGGACGAAUUGUUCCCUUUCGCGGCAUCGCAUGUGAAACGCCAUCUGCAGGACAACUGGCAAAUCCGGGAGACGAGAGACGAUGCAAACGCAGUGCUGCGACAGGCGGAAGAAGAUAGUGGGGAGAAUCUUGCUGAUGUAGGAAACGACAACCAGGAUUGCGUGAUUGAUCGAGUGGUGAAGCUGGUGCAGGAUAUGAUUGCUCAGGACAGGAAAGUGCCAUGUUUGAAGAACUUGCAGGGAAAAAUAUGGAAGAAAGGAUACGAAGAUGGACGACUCAAGGGACACGUAUACGCGGACGUGCCGACAUGCCUGAAGCAGUGGAGGGAGGAUGUGGGAGUACAAGUUUACAUCUAUUCGUCGGGCAGCGUGGCAGCACAAAAACUACUAUUUGCACAUACCGAGUACGGUGAUCUCACCCAGUUCCUGAAUGGUCACUUCGACACAGCUGUGGGCCCCAAGACGGCAUCUGAAAGUUACGUCAAAAUCGCCACGUCGCUCGCGACUCCAGCCGACAAGAUCCUCUUCCUCACCGACAUCGUGGCAGAGGCUCGUGCUGCACUAGCUGCGGGCAUGCGUGUGGUGCUUGCCAGUAGACCUGGCAACGCUCCUGUCGAGCUCAGCGACGGCGAACACUUCCCGACUGUGUCGUCUUUUGCUGACAUCGUCCUGGUGAAGUCUAGAGAGUAGACUUUUCUAGUAGUCUUACCUUCAGUUCAGUCUUUUGCUGACAUCGUCCUGGAGAAGUCUACAGAGUAAACUUCCUCUAGUAGUCUUACCUUCAGUGCCGUCUUUUGCUGACAUCGUCCUAGUGAAGAAGUCUACAACCUAGACUUUUCUAGGAGUCUUUCUUACCUUCAGUGUCGUCUUUUGCUGACAUCGUCCUAGUGAAGAAGUC